AUGAAGACCUCACUUACUAUCGCUAUACCUGGCUCCGUCAAGCCUCUGGACAACUGUUCAUUCGGUUGGCGUGUUCAAUGUCGCUUGUUCACUUGCGGCACUGUGGACCUUCGUCAAAGUGACAGUGCUACUGUGUAUGAACAUUGGGCGCAGGAAUAUGGAGUAGUGUACAUGAUUCCGUCGGUCCUCGGACAGACCAGAAUCGUGCUAGCUGACCCAAGAGCCAUCGCACAUUUUUAUGCCCGAGAAUCAUGGACCUAUGUGCAGACGCCUCUUUCUCUGGCGCUGAUAGAGAACCUGGUCGGUAGAGGGGUACUAUCGUCUCAGGGCGAGAGUCACAGAAGGCAGCGGAAGGCCCUGACUCCAGCGUUCAGUAAUGCAGCUAUUCGGAAACUCACAUCAGUAUUUUAUGAUUCAGCAUAUAAGGUCAAGAACGUAUGGGACACCGAUGUAGAAUCGAGCAAAGAUGGGAAUGCUGUCAUUGAAGUUCAAAACUGUGACUUCAAGGAUGAAUCAUAUCUCGUAAGGGAUGGAUAUUUGCUGUGCAAGCUCCGAAAAUCACGCAACAGCAGUUUGGAUACGAUUGGCAUCGCUGGUUUCUCCCAUGAUUUUGGCUCACUCGACGGAAAGCACGCCAGCGUUACGGAAGUCUUCGAUACAUUUGGAAACAACUCACAGGCCUCAGCAGUGAACCAACUUUUUUUCCUGUUCGCGUCGGCGUUUCCUAUCAUUGCCAAGAUACCUAAUAAGCGGACGAAGCUGUCGAAAAAACUUAACGUGACUAUGGGUGAAAUAUCCAAUGACUUGUUAAUUCGCAGUCGCCGGGAGAAGGAUGUGAAUAUGAAAGAGUCGGAAGAAGAAAAAUCUAUCAUCGGACUGCUGAUCAAAGCUGAAGGUCAGGAAGCUGAGCUUCAUAUGUCCGAGGAUGAAAUAUUGGCUCAGAUGAAGGUGUUGCUUCUCGCAGGUUACGAAACAACGUCAAUCAGUCUUACGUGGGCACUGAUCGAGUUAUCGCGACACCCCGAUGUCCAGACCAGACUCAGGGAGGAGCUGCUUGCAUUUGGUCCUGAUCCGACAUACGACCAAUUAAAGGCCAGCCUCCCAUACUUGGAUGCGGUCGUCCAUGAAAUUCUACGACUCCAUCCUGCGGUACCCGAGUUCACUCGCUGCGCACGCGUAGAUGAUGUUAUUCCCUUGAGCGAACCUGUGUGCACAGAGUCCGGGAAAAUGACGGACAGUAUAUCUAUAGCAAAGGGGUCAUUGAUGGUAAUCUCAAUCAGGGCAAUCAAUCGGUCUUUGGCCAUCUGGGGACCUGACGCAAAGGAAUUCAAGCCUGAUCGUUGGUUGACUGAAGACGGGAUCAGUGGGAAGGCCAAGGAAGUUCAAGGUCAUAGGCAUCUGCUGACAUUCGUCGACGGCCCGAGGACGUGUCUUGGCAAAGAUUUUGCGAUCGCGGAAUUCAAGACGGUUUUAUUAGUUCUGGUGAAGAACUUUAUGUUUGAGAUGCGGGAUGGACCGGAUACUGAGGUCGAGAUUGCGAGGGGAAUUUUGCCUCGCCCGCGUGUUGUUGGAGAGGACGGUAUUGGAGUGCCUUUGAGAGUUCGUCGGUAUGAAUGA